AUGACGACCGAUUCAGCCGCGCCUUGGCGCCACGAUUUCCUAUCCCACCUCGAGACCACGGAUGAGCGGAGCUUUGUCCUCAGCACCCUGCAUUACGACAAUCCCGCCUCUCUCAACCCCUCCGGCAUCUACGAGACGGAUCUCGCCACGAUAACGACGGAUAUCCGCAUGGAAAAGUGGCGUAUGCGCGGCUGCCAAGUCUACAUUGUAGGACGGGAUAUUGAGUCCGAGGACUGUGCGCCCACCAGAGAGGCUCUGAGUAGAUAUAUGAGACGAGCGAAUGCGAGCGCUGAUCUAGGGGAAGAGACACGCGAAAAUCAACAGCAGCAGCAGAAGCAGAAGCAGAAGCAGAAGCAACAGGAACAAGAAUGGAGUUGGAAUCGUGAGCUGACGGCGCAUUUCGGAAAUCUGAGCCCUUUGAUGAGGGGAACAUUUCGGAAUCCCCCCCCUGGUACACGGUUGGUCAAAGCUGGAGCUAAAGCCGGAGCCGAAGCUGGAAGCGACGAGGACCGGACCAAGGAGGCAGCCGACCAUGACGACGGCCUUGGCCUGGGUCAAGAGGUACACGACCUGGAGGACGAGGUGGCCAGACGCAACUUCUGCGUGUUGGUCCUGGUACCGGACGAGCUGGAUCGCCUGGACCUCUCGAACCCCAAGAGGGCUAGGAGGUGGAUAUAUUCCCGGCGUUCCGGAGGGGAUACCACGGCCAGUGAGGGGGCGAGGACUGGUACGCUGUCAGACACGUGGGAUGUUGUCGAGGUAUGGCCUUAG